GGGAGGGCGGUGUCCGGCGGGCGCUGAGGGCGGGCACGGCUGCUUCUGGAGCCGGCCACCCUCAGGCCUGACGCGGUGCUGGCUGCUGCGGGGCGGCGGGGCCGGAGGCCAUGUAACGCGCAGUGCUCGUCCUCGGCCCCAGGGGCGCAGAGCUCGCGGCGGCCGGGCGGCGAUCAAGGAGGCGCGACCUCCGCGCGGUUUUGAGGCUUUGUUAGGAAGUGCACCACCUGAAAUGGAAUCAAGAAGUUCCUACAAGCUAGGAGAGGUCUCACCAGAGGAAUGAAGCUGGAGGGUUGACAUUCCAUGCCUGAUGUAUCUGGACACAGUCUGAAGUGAAACAUGCUGAGGUUCUGUCAAAUUUUAAGAACAAAUGCAUCUAUAGCUCAUGGAAGAAAAAACACAAAUCAAGACAUUUUUUGGUUCCAAGUUGCCAAAGUAUGGAACAAAAUCUGUAAGAAGUACACUGCAGCCAAUACCAAAUGGGGCACCUGUUAAUUUAUUGGAAACUUCCAAGAAUAGCAAUGUCAGAAGUUACAUCAAAAAUAAUGGCUCUGAUUGUCCAUCUUCCCAUACAUUUAAUUGGAGAACAACAAAUAAAUAUCAACUCAGCACACAUAAUGCUGAGGUAUUUAAUACUCAGAGUUCACAUAAAACAACUGAACCAGAAAAACACACACCCAAUCAAGGAAUGCUUGAUAAAAAUGGGAUCAAAGGAGGUUUGAAAAGUGUUUCUUUACUUACAUCCAAGUUAGUAAAACCAUCCACUAUGUUUGUGCCAUCUACAGAGGAAUUAAACCAGAAGUCCUUAUCUGGGCCAUCUAACCUGGGUCAGUUCACCAAAGGGAAGUUACUGGGAAGGACUCCGUUUUCUUCAGUCAGUGCUCCAAAGCCACAGUUGAAUGGAUUUUAUGGAAACCGGUCAGCUGGUAGCAUACAGAGACCUAGAGCCAACUCUUCUGCCACUAGAAGCAGUUCUGGAGAAAGCUUAGCACAGUCCCUAGACAAUAUUAAAUCUAUGACUUGUGAAAAGAUGGUAAGGUCACAAAGUUUUUCCCAUUCCAUUCAGAAUUCACUACUCCCAUCUUCAGCUAUAACCCGAUCGAACUCCUUCAGUCGAGCUGUAGAUCUCACCAAGCCUUAUCAGAACCCACAGCUACCAGUUAGAGUGCCUCUAAGGUCGAGUUUGCUCACAAGAAACCCUCGACAGUCAGAAGUGCUGAACGGGAACGAAACUUUAGGAUAUGGGUUCAGCAGGCCAUAUGCUACCGGUGGGAAGAAGUUGGCUUUGUCAAGUGGACCAGGGGUGACGUCCAGUUUGGGCUAUAGGAUGGUUCAUCCCUCUCUACUAAAAUCCAACCGGCCUCCAUUUCCUGGGACUAUCAUAGUGGAUGGUAAUGAGAAUUCACCUGCUGACCCUUGUGUAGAAGAUGAGGCUACACUUUGGGCUAAGAACAUAACUACUCAUAAUGGCCAAGAACUGACUGAAAAUAACAGUUUUAGAACAGAAAAUGACCAGGGCAUUAAACAUGAUUCUAAAAUUAAGUACUUGAGUGAUGAUGUAGAUGAUAUUUCUUUGUCAUCCUUGUCAUCUUCUGAUAAGAAUGAUUUAAGUGAAGAUUUUAGUGAUGAUUUUAUAGACAUAGAAGACUCCAACAGAAAUAGAAUAACUCCAGAGGAGAUUUCUCUCAAAGAAGACAAGCAUGACAGUGUACCACCAAAGGAUAUAUUUGACUCCCCAAAAGAAAAAGAAAAAUCCUUAAGUAAAACUGAUGAAUGGCUAGAUUUAAGUGUCUCUGACAGGAGUGAACGUACAAAACAUACUUCUGGAAAUAAUUUGAUUUCACCAGAUACAGAUUACAGAGCUGGCUCUUCGUUUGAGCUCUCUCCGUCUGACAGCUCUGAUGGAACAUACAUGUGGGAUGAGGAAGGCUUGGAGCCCAUUGGACAUGUGCACCCUGUUGGGAGCUAUGACUCUUCUGAAAUGAACAGCAUUGAUAUUCUGAAUAACCUUGAGUCAUGUGACCUUGAGGAUGAUGACCUUAUGCUUGAUGCGGACCUUCCUGAGGAUGCCCCCCAUGAAAAUGUGGAGUGGGACAAUAUGAACCGCUUUGACCGACCAGACAGAAAUGUGCGUCAGUCCCAGGAAGGAUUUUGGAAAAAGCCAACCCAGAGGUGGAGUGGACAGGAACAUUACCACCUCAGCCAUCCUGACCACUAUCAUCACCAUGGGAAAAGUGACUUGAGCAGAGGCUCUCCCUACAGAGACUCUCCAUUGAGUCAUUUUGAAAGCUAUGGAGGGACCCCCUUUUUUCCGAUGCAGAAGAUGUUUGUAGAUGUACCUGAAAACACAGUUGUGUUGGAUGAGAUGACCCUCCGGCACAUGGUCCAAGAUUGCACUGCAGUAAAAACUCAGCUUCUGAAGCUGAAACGCCUGCUACGUCAACAUGAUGGGAGUGGUUCAUUGCAGGAUAUUCAGCUGUCACUGCCGUCCAGUCCAGAGCCAGACGAUGGGGACCAUGUUUACAAGAAUGAAGAUUUGUUAAAUGAAAUAAAACAACUUAAAGAGGAAAUAAAGAAAAAAGAUGAAAAAAUCCAACUACUAGAACAUCAGCUUGCUACUCGAUGUAACUGUCAUCUAAAUUCUAAAGAGGAAAAAUGUUCGUAUACUGAUAAAUACACCCAAACACCCUGGAGAAGAAUGCCUCCUCAAGUACUACAGCCUUCCAGCAACCUUCCCAGGCCCACAGACCACACCCAGGGAAAACUAAUAAAGCCACAACAUACAGAGGCCCACAGUGAAUGCACAAUCCAGGCUACACAUCAGGAUGUUGCACGUCUGGAUGAAAGCUGUGCCUGUGACUUGCAACCAGAGAGUAGCCAUGGCCCGGAGGAGCAGCAGCCCUUUGCAUCAAGACUACAAUGCACUAGGGAUGUCGUUGAGAGUCCUUCUUCUGAAGCAGACUUGAACAUGACCAGGGAUGCUCAAGAGCCUCACCAUUUGGCAGAUUAUCAAGUUAGUGACAUGCAGUCAGUACCCACUUCUCUUCAGACACUUCCUCAGCCCAAUGUGGCAGAGCAGGCUAAGAGAGUUGGAGGAGGUGGUCAGCCUUCUCCAGAGGGCUGCACGUCUCAGCCCAAGUCCUGGAAGCUUCCCAAGCCAUCCAUGUUGAAUUCUUUGGUACCUCCUCCAGUUUAUGAAUUACUUCCAAAUAGAACUUCCACUUGUAAGAAGUCAUCAGUAAUCACACCCUGUAAUUCAGCCAAACUUCAGCCAACAUCUAGUCAGACAAAUCUUGCCAGUAACCCAAGCCCCAAGGUUUCUAAGCUCCGUCCCCCGUCAGGCUCUUUCAAGCAGAAACAAAUAAGUAACCCACGAGUUGAACCUCAGAACUUUCAGUCCAAGACAAACAUCCCAAGGCCACUAAUUAGAAGAAAAGAAAUCAUGCAGAAUGCUAAUGGCAAUUUGAAUUCUGGGGACUGUUUAGCCUCUAAUCGAUAUUCUCGUCUUCCUAAACCAAAGAUACAUUAAGUACUUAGCCACCGCCUGCCAAUUUGCCUUUUUUUUUUUUCCCCUUCCCUAAAUCAGUCUAACUUUACAUGCAGUUUGUAAUGUUACAUGCAGUUUGCUACCUUGAUGAAGGUUCCAAAGAAAGCCUGAAAAUCUUAAAUUAAAAUAUGGAAACUGCUA